AUAUCGUUUUUCUCAAGUAGUAUUCUAACUGUAACAUUAAAGAACAGUUCACAUAUACAACAACAACAACAUGAAGACCAUUAUUUGUUUAUUGGCCGUAGUAGCCUUUGCUGCCGGCACUCAAAAUGUUGAUCCUUUUGCCUCCCGUUCCAUCUCCAGCUCUGUGGUCGAUGCCAUCGAAGGUAUGCGCGAUCAGAUGCCCUGCGGUUUCCCCAACAUGGGCAUUCCCCCAUUGGCUCCCCUGACCUUCUCACACAAGGACGUUAACAUCGACACCAGCGCUAUCAAAUUGGUCGGUACCUUGGACAAUUUCCGUUUGAAUGGUUUAAACGACUUCGAAAUUGCUGAAAUGAGAGUUAAUGCCAUUACCAGCAAGGUUACCUUCCGUUUCAUCUUCAACAAUGUCAAUGUUGAUACUUUGUACGACUUGAAAUUGCACUUGAAGAAAGCUGGUUUCACCAUUAACAUGAUCGGUGCUGGUCCCGCUAAAUUCGCCAUUAAGGAUAUGCAUAUCUGGGGUACCAUGAAAUACUCUUUGGGUGUUUUGUCCGGCAAAUUGAAGUUGAAGAGCUUGGAUGUACGCGCUCGCAUUGGUGAUGUUGAGUCUGAUAUUGAGGGUAUUUUGGGUGAGGGUGCUGUCAAUCACAAGUUGAACAAUGUCUUGGAAGAAGCCGUCGAAUUGGCUGUCAAUGAGAAUGAAGAUUUGAUUUCGCACACCAUUGAAGGUAUGGCUUUGCCCAUGGUAAAUGGCGUUUUGGAUGAAUUCAAAUUGAGCGAUUUGUUGGGCAGCAUUGGUGGUGGUGAGGGUGAGAAGGUUGAGUGUGUGCCAUCGAAUCAGUAAUUAGAGAGAUAUUGAUUGAUUUUGUAUGUGUUUUUUGGAAAAAAAUAAAUGAACGAAGACUUUUUAUAAACUAUA